AUGACCACGUACGGCCACUACGGCGUCUCCACGAACCUCGCGGGCGCCCUCCGCGUCUCCAUUGGCACGUCCAGCUGCAGCUCCGCGUCCACCGCUAGCCAGCUGGACAUCGCUACGUCCAACGGCGCGGCCGCGUACCCGCACCUCGGGCUCGUCGCGGGCGCGGCGAACACCGCGCCGACGAACAACCUCGCCGCGGGGUCGAGCAACUACGCGUACCUGAGCGGCGUCGCGCAGACGUCCCCAGGUGCGCCGGCGGUGGCGGCGGGGAACACGUACACGGCUGCGUCGGGCCGCGCGGCGGGCACGGAGAGCGCGAUAUGGACGUACGACGCGGCGAGCGGCGCGGUCGGCGCGCAGUGGAUCAACGGUGAUGGGAGCGUGGCCCCGACGUACGUCGUGUACUCGCAGGCGGACUCUAGCCUCCUCGCCACGGGCGACGUGGCCAAGUUCCGCGACGCGUUCGGGAGCGCGAAUAAGCCUGUCGUGACGUUCAAGUUGAUUACCGCUAUAGCCUCUUAGGGAUUGUAAGGAUUGGGCACGUCGGAACAUCUUACAGCGCUUGGGUAUACUGCCCAGUGCAUACAGAACUAUGGCUAUGAUAAGUUGAAUAAUUGUACGUGUUACACCACAUAAAGUUUUCUUGAUUCCCGGAAGCCCCGCGGAGAACGGAUCGGGAU